AAAUUUACUACAAUGUAUUCAGCAAAUUUCAAGUCAACAAGUCUACUGUCAAGCUAGACCAACCAUGGGAAUUAAAAUAAUCCGAUUGCAUUCAGAGACAAUGUCGUCAAUAAAUGUUAGACUUUAAAUCAACAAUCGUAACAUUCCUUACGUAAGUAAAUAUAUUGCGCAACAGGGCAGAAAUCGUAAUAAAGCAUAGCAUAUUUAAAUAUCUGGAUAACCAUAUUAAAUAGGUACCAGCAUAGUAAAUAGUUACCACAAAACAAGACUUGCUCAGCAUUCAGUUAACCUUAUCAAAUCUCAUGAGACAUCUCAUCACAUGCGAAACCCAAACUGGAAUAAUUUCUCCCACAAAAAAAACACUUUCAUACCGACUUGAAACAUUGUUACAAUUAACAAGCUCAGAUUUUAAUUCUUGAUUCUUCUUUAUGAAGCGCCAGACAGGAAAUAUGCAUGCUAUAAGAUUACCAGGUCAUCAAAAAUCUAGUCUAGUGUCAAGGUAACAUUUGCACGAGAACAACAAUGGCAAUUAAACAACCAAGGCGUUCCAUUUUGCGGUCCAUCCUGGACUUCGUUAUGCUCAUUGUUCUUUUAAUUUUCAUCGGACCAUGUGUCAAAAUAUUUAAUUAUUUUAACAUGAGCACCCGAAAUUGUUAUACGACUCACAAACGACAUGCGAAAAAGGUUGAAAACGUCCAGGCUCAAGUUCGGCGAUGGAUCGAGGGUGGCAGAAAGGGUCACAUGUGCACUGCGAAACCAGGCUGGAAGAGCUUCUCAAUUCAUAAAGUUGACAAAAGAGGUUUCUACAAGGUGGAAGUGGAUUUAAAUGACAUAAUUGAAAUCGACGUGGAGAACAAGAGGUUAAUCGUCGAGCCUGGAAUGAUGAUGGGCCAACUAACUAAAAUACUUACGGAUAAGGGAUUUACCAUCCCAGUUGUUCCAGAAUUGGAUUCGUUAACAGUCGGUGGACUAAUCUGUGGGGCAGGGUGUGAGACGAGUAGUCAUCACUACGGAGUGUUUGCAGAUGCUGUGACCUCUUUCGAAUUGGUCACGGCUGAUGGCGACGUUCUGAAUUGUUCAGAGACUGAAAACUCAGACUAUUUCUACGCAGUCUCUCAUUCUUACGGAACGAUCGGGUUUCUCACUUCAGUAUCUAUACCGCUGAUCCCUGCUGGAAAAUACAUGCAAAUCGAGUACGUCCACGUCGAUUCGAUCCCGAACGCUGUGAAGCUAAUGCAGCAAAGAAAUAAGAACCACGCGUACGUGGAAGGCAUCAUUUACUCGAUGACCGACGUCAUGCUCAUGUUUGGCGACAUGACCUCCAACCCGUCCGACCCUUCUCGGAUAAAUUAUAUUAAUCGAUGGUACAAGCCGUUUUUUCACAAUAUCGUGGAAAACGUGAUGAGCAGAAUGAAAUCGUCUAAAAAUAAUGCCAAAUAUAUUGAGUACUUUCCUCUCCGCGACUAUUUUCAUCGACAUUCGCGAGGAAUGUUUUGGCAGUUUGAAAAUACACUGCCCGCUCUGAGUAACCCGCUAAUCAUGCUUGUCUUUGGAUGGGUGCAUCCUUUGAAUAUACACGCGGUGUGGGCCCUGUUUCCAAAUUUUUUCUACAGAUUUAUUACUCGAAUUCAACUACUUCAAGAUUUUUGCGUCCCUACUGUAAAAUUGGAUGAAUUUUUGCAAAAAUGUGACACGAUUUACAAGGUCUACCCUAUUUGGCUUUGUCCAGUGAAGCUUCAGAAUCGGUCAAUGGCGAAGACGCCAGCUGUUUAUGGUGGGGAUUACAUGGAUCUUGGCUUUUAUGGAACUCCGAUCAACGCAGGUCGCAGUAUUGCCGACAGAAUUCGUGAAUGCGAACAAUAUGUGCUAAAAAAUAAUGGAUUCCUUGGAUUGUAUGCGGACGUAUUUUUGAAUAAGGAAGACUUGCGCCAAAUGUUUUAUACAAUUCCGUACGAUAAGGUUCGGCAGGCGUCGAGCAGUUGCAGAAAAGCAUUUCCAGACGUUUUCGACAAGGCUAUGAGACGAAUCAAAUAGUUCGUUCGGACAAAAUGCAGGGUGAUUCAUGUGCAAAAUGAGAUUAGGUAAUUAAGUAACAUCGCUUUCGUUGUGUUUCGAUAAACCCAAAUAUACUUCACAUAUUGAGUGUUGAUGACAUAAGGUUUAAUAUAUGUGUAAAAUUCACGUUAUAAAGAUGUAAGCCAAGUGGCCUGAAACGUCAUAUAUUUUAAGUAUUUUUUUAGUUAUCAGACUUGUUAAUUUUUAGCUUCGUUCCCGUGCAUCAAAUAACUGAUCAAAAUCAUUAUAUGUAUGUACAUUAAUCAAAAUAGGAUAACAGUACUGUGUUAAUAGCUUCGAGAAAUUUUCUAAAUUUAAUUUUCUGAAUACUAACACAACGCAAAUUUCUUUAGGCUUUGUAUGUACGUAAAUGAGUUGCGAUUCUAAACGAGGCUUUGCCGUGAGUACGCCCAGUAUUUCUCUUUUAAAUGAUAUUGCUUUAAUCUUAUGUUUGCCGUUUAAAUACAUGCAUACAUGUAAUAUCAGCUCAAAGGGUGCAAUAUUACCCGUAUUGCUUUCUUUAUUCGCUUCAGGUGUAAAUUAGUUGAGCUAAAAAAUGGUGGCAUUAAUGGAUGCACAAAUGAUUUGUGACAAAUCUAAUAAACAUCAAUAAAUAUGUAUGUAAGUAA